UUCAAAACGUGCAAAAAUAUAGUUUCAAUCAAAUGGCAAACGCUGAUGUCCAAUACAAUUAUGGCCAGCAAAACAAUGGCGAUGACGACAACUACAAUGACGACAGCAACCAGCAGGAUGAAGACGAUCAAUACGACAACAUUGGCGAUGAUGGUGCGCGAGUGAAAAUCGAAAAUGUCGGCGAAAGUCCCAAAUUUAUAAGACUCCGUGGUUUGCCGUGGUCGGCUACCCAUAAGGAGAUUCUUGAUUUUCUUGAAAAUGUAAAUGUGACAAAUGGAUCGCAGGGCAUUCAUCUGGUUACCAGUCGUGUGGAUGGCAAAAAUACUGGCGAAGCUUAUGUUGAAGUGGCCAGCCAGGAAGAUGUCGAAGAGGCACGCAAGUUAAACAAAGCCAGCAUGGGUCAUCGUUACAUUGAAGUUUUUACCGCCACGCCAAAAGAAGCCAAAGAAGCCAUGCGAAAGAUUGGCGGUCAUGCCAAUGCCUUUGUAGUGAAGCUACGCGGUCUGCCCUAUGCCGUGACGGAGCAACAGAUUGAAGAGUUUUUCACUGGGUUGGAAAUCAAAACGGAUCGGGAGGGCAUACUUUUUGUUACGGACAGAAGGGGUCGUGCAACUGGGGAAGCUUUUGUUCAGUUCGAAAGCCAGGAUGACACUGAGCAAGCCUUGGGCCGAAAUCGGGAAAAAAUUGGGCACAGGUACAUUGAAAUAUUCCGCAGCUCGAUUGCUGAGAUGAAACGUGCUACUGGCGGCGGUGGACCUGGCGGCAUGGGUGGACGCCCUGGACCCUAUGAUAUACGCGAUCGUGGCGCCAAUCGUGGUGGCAAUGAUUUCGGCGGUGGACGCAAUGAUUGGGGCAACAACAACAACUUUGGCGUUGGUGCCAACAACAUGUUGGGCUUUAAUAAUUUACCCAGUUUGAUGAACUCGGGCAAUUUCGGCAACAACUCUGGAGGAGGCGGCGGUGGUGGCGGUAAUGGUGGCAACAAUGGCGGUGGCAACUUUGGAGGCGGCAACUAUGGCGGCGGUGGUAAUGGUGGUGGCCAAAAUUCGGGUCCCAGCAAUUUCGGCAAUUUUGGCAACAGCGCUGGAGGAGGUGGCAACAAUGGCGGUGGUGGUGGUGGCUACAGCAACAGCGGAAACUUUGGAUCACCAGGCAGUGGAGGCGGUGGCUUCAAUAAUGGCAACAAUUUCGGUUCAUCUGGCAGCGGUGGUGGUUCCAAUUUCGGUAACAACAAUGGUGGAGGAGGCGGUGGCUUCAAUAACAGUGGCUCCAAUUUCGGUGGCAACAAUGGUGGAGGUGGCUUCAAUAAUGGCAACUCCAACUUUGGCGGUAACAAUGUAGGAGGAGGCGGUGGUUUCAAUGAUAACAAUUCGGGCAACAACUUUGGCUCUGGAUCUGGUGGUGGCAACUUUGGCCCCAUUGGAGGUGGUCGCAAUAACAGUGGCAACUUUGGUGGUGGAAACUUUGGCAACAAUGGUGGUGGUGGUGUCGGUGGAGGCGGUGGUGGCUUCAAUAAUGGCAACAACUACAACUCCAAUAUGGGUGGUGGUAAUUUUGGUCCCAUUGGAGGAGGUCGUGGCAAUGAUAUUGAGUAUUAUACCAUACACAUGCGCGGCCUGCCCUAUACUUCAUUCGAAAACGAUGUCUUCAAGUUCUUUGAGCCAAUUAGGCCAGCCAAUGUGCGCAUCAAUUACAAUAAAAAGGGCUUGCACAGCGGCACUGCUGAUGCCUAUUUCGAUACCUAUGAAGAUUCCCAGCUGGCCAUGAAACGCCAUCGAGAGCAGAUGGGCUCGCGUUACAUCGAACUCUUUUACGAUGGCAAAUCGCGAGGUGGCAUUAAUUCUGGCGGAGGCAAUGGUGGUGAUGGCAAUGGCGGUGGCGGCAACUUUGGCAACAAUGGAGGCGGUAAUUUCGGUGGCAACAAUGGAGGCGGCGGUGGUAACUUUUCACGCCGCAUUUAAGAUGACUCUUCCAUGGCACAGUAACAAUUCCUUACAUUUUGAUAUUAAAAUGUAAAAGAAAGUAUUUCAUAAGUAAUACCACAUACCCCCCACACACACACUCGCACACCAUGGAAUCCUCCUCCAUCCAAUUGUAGGACCCAUCAUCAACUACUGCGCAUUGAAGUCUACUAAAAAAAACCAAUUUGGACAACUGCUGGGUAGAUUUUCCCCCCACUCGCUUAAUACUUAUGGUAUUUAACCAGAUAACAUAUUUUAUUUAAGAGCAAAAAGUAAAACACCCCUCGCGCAUCUCCUUUAACAUGAACUUCAAUCUUAAUACAUAAGUUGAGCAAUUGUAAAAUUAAUUUUAAGCAUUUUUCGGCAGAAAAAACUUUUGAGAUGACACACAAAUAUGAGAAGAAAAAACCUACACACACAAAUACAAUCUGUAAACUCACUACGGCAAAAUAAAGAACGUAAACCGAUAAAAAA